UUUGGUUAAAAAAGACCACUUGUUUUUCUUAUACGUACACCGAAAGCUAAACCUGUCAACGAGCAGAUUUUUUUACCAUUAGGUAGAGACCUUUUACACGCACAGAGUAAAAUAUAAGCGUCUUGUAAAAUGUAAUGUAACGUAAGCCAUAUAUUAGGAAUCUUUGUAUACAUCGUGCUUAAAAGGAGCACUUAAGAAAAUGCCUGUUUUCAUUGUACACAUUUACACAAAAAUAAUACUGUUAUGCCAUCAAGGCCCAGAUUUAUAUCGAGUGUUUUUCCCAGAACAAGCUUAAACAAGGAUUAACUCCACCCCCUUACAAAACUUACCUGGAAACGACUUUCUCUUUCGUGUCGCACUAUUUCUGGAGAAAUGCAAAAAUUAGUCAGGAAAUUGGAGAACAGCCACUUUAAAUUAUUUCUAGAACCAUAGCUAUUUCUAAAUUUAGAAGAAAAGCGCCACUGAAUUCAGAAAGUGAAAAUACAAUUCUGAUAGUUUUUGCGUUUGUAAAAGGUGAGAAUGGAUUCACUAUCUGAAGAAGACCUAACCUGCCCCGUGUGCUAUGAAAUCUUCAAGGAUCCUGUUUUUUUGUCUUGUGGUCACAAUGUCUGUAAGGAAUGUCUUCAGAAGUUCUGGAAAACAAAGAUUGAUCAGCAGUGUCCCAUCUGCAGGAGAAGAUCCUCGAAAGACGACCCUCCUGGUAAUCUUGUGUUGAAAAACAUAUGCGAGUCGUUCUCACAGAAGAGAAAUCAAGAAACAUCAGUGUCCUGUAGUGUACACAAUGAAAAAUUCAAACUUUUUUGCCUGGAAGAUAAAGAGUUUGUUUGUUUAGUGUGUAGAGAUUCACAAACACAUGCCAAUCACACAUUUCGCCCCAUCAGUGAAAUAGUUUUAUCAUCCAAGGAGGAACUCAUGGUUGCACUGAAAACCUUACAAAACAAACUUAACCAGGCAGAAGAGAAUAAAGAAGAGUAUGAUUACACAGCUUUUCACAUCAAGGAUCAGUUUGAACACACUGAGAAACAAAUCAAAGAGGAGUUUAAGAAGCUUCGUCAGUUUCUCAUUGACGAGGAAGAAGCUACAAUCAGUGCACUGAGGAAAGAGGAAGAUCAGAAGAGUCAGAUGAUAAAAAAGAAGCUUGAGAAGAUAAACAUGGAGAUCUUAGCUCUAUCAGACAUAAUAAAAGACACAGAGGAGAUAAUGAAAGACAACGACAUCUCAUUUCUAAAUAACUUUAAAGCCACAUUGAAAAGAGCACAGAUGUCACCUCCUUCCUCGGAGAUGGUUUCUGGAGAAUUGAUAAAUGUGGCAGAUUACCUGGGCAACCUGGGAUUCAGAGUUUGGAAAAAGAUGCAACAAAUUAUCCAAUAUACUCCUGUGAUUCUGGACCCCAACACUGCAUUUCCAGAACUCAUCCUGUCUGAUGAUCUGACAAGUCUGAAGAAGGACAGCACAGCAGAUUCACAAUUUCCUUAUAAUCCAGAAAGAUUUGAAAACUGUGCCUGUGUCUUGGGUUCAGAGGGGUAUACCUCAGGAUCACACGUCUGGGAUGUUGAAGUUGGGGACAACUCAAAUUGGGUUCUUGGAAUAACCACAGAAUCAAACCCAAGGAAUACAGACUUUUUUAAAAACAAUGUCUGGUGUGUAUGGCACAGAAAUGUCAAAUAUUUUUCAGAUUCCCCAGGGAAACCCCCAACUCCCUUAACUGUUGAAGAGAAGCUAGAGAGGGUGAGAGUGCAGCUGGAUUGGGACAGAACAGAAGUGUCAUUCUGUGAUCCUGUAAAUAACCGAUGUUUAUGCACAUUGACAACCAACUUCACAGAGAAAGUGUUUCCAUUCUUUUAUAAUUAUAAUGCAAACUCUCCUCUUAAGAUAUUACCAAUUCAAGUAGUUGUAAAAACUUAACCCUAAAAAUUUAAUUAAAUUACAAUCUAAAAGAAAUCACACAUGAAUGAAACUGAUUUGGCCAAUUGAUGUGCACAGUAGAAGUCAUCCUAGCUGUUCCGGUGUGAUUUCGUCUGAUCUUCAGACUUGAAUUCAUUUGUGAACUUACCAAAGUCAAAUAAAUCUGAUUCUUCUGUAUUCCGAAUAUUUGAUUGUUUUAUUACGAAGUGUUCCCUAGUAUCAAGUAGUGUAUAUACCAGCUGUUGCUCCUAGUCAGUCUUCACCUCUCUGUCUUCACUGUCUAUAGCUGACAGAAUACUGACCAGAACCAAAAAAUCUGAGGUUAUCACUCCAGUUCUUACAAAGGCUUCCAGUUACAGUUAGAAUAGAUUUUAAAGUAUUAUUACUCAUUUAUAAAUUACUUAGGUCCACUGUGUAGAUUUUUAGCUCACACUUCGAAAUGCAUAGAGAAGCUAUAGUAGCUGCCACAGGACAAACAUUUCAUCAUCUAAGACACCGUAGUGACAAAACAGUUUGUCUGUUUACAGCUACUGAUAACAUGGUGGCGCAAAAUGGCAACUUGUAAGGGGACCUGUUGUGUAUGGGCCCUGUCCCAAAUGACGCACUUCAUGUGGACUUUCGGUCUCGUGGCCUUAAACUGUGCAUGCUUGCUUAGUCUACGAGUCCGUAGGGUGUCCCAUCUGUCAUUUUUAGGCUCCGAAGUGUGCUCAUCAGCGCCCCUUUUGAACCCUUGAUGCGGUCUUCGCUCGAGUCUGUCUCAAAAUACAACUUCGGUGCACCCUCUUGGACUCGCGUGAAGGGUCCCUAGGGUUGCACUACAUGAUGUCAUCAAAGUGUGGACUCUGAGGAGGUCCACAAGUCCGGGGUGUGCCAUUUGGGACAGGGCCUAUGUAAAUAAAACAGCUCAUUCUAAGGUAAUGAAAACAAUACAGUUCAUUGAAGUUUUUUUUACAUUAUUUUUAUAUAAAAUGUGCUAUAUAAAUAAUUUUGGUCUGUAACUUUUCAAAUAAAGAUGUGUUUCUAAUCUUAACGACCCUUUGUCACUUUCUGACUAUAAUAUUCCUCAGAGCUCUGUACCAAUUGGUGACGAUCACCCAGCCCCACCUUCAUCACAUCACAUUCAGAAGCUCACAAUCUUUUCAUAAACUAAUUCAUUCAGUAUGCUAUGUGGUGACAUGCAGCUUUAAAGUUGGUAGUCCACCACGCCAAUAAAAAAAGAAUAAGAAGUGUUAAAAAACUGGAAAAUUUAAAUGUAUUCAUAUAAAAAUGCUUCAGAUAGAGAGUGCUGGUUUAUAACAUUAUUAUUAAUUGUUUGUUAUUACAGUGGCUUUGUUAUUACUGUAAAGGUUUCUAUUUAUAGUUUGUGAUGUGAAUACUGAUAAAGAGCCUCAUCUGAU